AUGUCUGUACACCGUAAAGGGAAUGCUGCAAGGGCGGGGCACAGGCCCUCUCGAGGAGGCUCGAGGCCCCCGGGGGGACUGAAGCGCCACUCGAGUGCCCCUAUUAGCAGCAGCAGCACCAGCAGCAGCAGCAGCAGCAGCAACAGCAGCAAUGGCAGGGCUCGUGGGAAGCCUGGGACCGGAGGGAAACGAGGGGCCCCCUACAACCGUGGGGGCCCUCCCAAGAAAAGAUUCGACAAUAAGCCCAGCAGCAGCAGGCCUGAUGUAGGCAGCAAGCCCAAGCAGCAGCAGCAGCAGCAGCAGCAGCAACGGCAGCAGCAGCAGCAGCAAAAGCAGCACGCCGAGGGACAGAGGAAGCCGCAGCAACAGCGGCAGCCUCCCCAGCAGAAACGACGGCAUCAGCAGCAAGAGCAGCCGCAGCAGCAUGACGACCAUGCAGCAAUAAAAGAUGAGCAGCAGCAGCUGCAGCAGCAGGUGAAGGCGGCGCUGCAGCAGCGGCAUAUCAAGGACGCGUCGGCGAGGCGGUGGGAUCGCUGGCAGCAGCAAAAGCAGAAGAGGGAGCAGCAGCAGCAACAGAAGGAGCAGCAGCGCGCAAGCAGCUUCAUCAGCGGCUCAAGCAGCAGCAGUGCGAAGCCUGCUGCUGCUGCUGCUGCUGCAGGAACUGCAGGCACUCCCUUUCUCGUUGCAUCACACUCUGACGCUGCAGCAGCAGCAGCAGCAGCAGCAGACGACCUGCUGCAGCAAGAAGACGUGCUGCAGUGGCUAGACAAUUGGGGCAAGGGCCCCUGGCACGCGGCAACGAAAGGCGCAGAGAGCGCAAUAAUGGAGUUGCCUAUCCCCUGCAGCAGCAAACAGAGGAGCAGCAGCAGCAGCAGCAACAGCAGCAGCAGUAGCAGCAGCGUGGACUGGCCCCUCUGGGCAGCUGUGGGGGACAGGGCGCUGCAGCACGUCACCAACAGGCUUCACGCUUUGCUGGAGACGGACGCAGAGCAGCGCUGGAUGCUUAAGAAUGCUGGUUUGCUGCAGCAGCAGCAGCAGCAGCAGCAGUCGGGAGUGAAGGCGUGGCGCAAGGGAGCAGCAGCAGCAGCAAGAGGCGAGCAGCAAAAGGGCCCCACGCGAGGAGACGAAGUUUCUUCGCUGGUGCUGCUGACGCAGGAGGCGCCCAUCUGCAGCAGCAAAUGCUUGCUGCGGCUGCUGCGGCAUGCUGCUUCCAGAAGCAGAUCAGAAGCGCAUGCUGCAGCAGCACAACUUUUUGAACUUUUCUCUGGCCCGCUGCUGCUGCCAUCCUUUAGGAAGCUGCAGGGCGUGCUGCAGCACCCGCAGUGGCUGCUCGACCGCGUCACGGAGCUGCUGCCGCUGCUGCAGCAGCAGCUGCAGCAGCAGCAGCAGCAGCCGAAGAAGAAGCAGAAGACCCACCGCGAGCCCCAGGAGCAGCAGCAAAAUAAGAAAGAACCCGCCAGAGCUGCUGCAGUUGCGCUGCUGCAGCUGCUGCUGCUGUGGCGCUUCGAGGAGAUGCUUGCGCAGCGCUACAGCGCCUUCGUAACGGUGCUGCGGGCGCUAUCUGAAGACAGCAUUUCAGCCCUUGCUAACCGCUCCUUAAAGUUUGCUGCUCAGCUGCUGAUAAGGAAGCCGGAGCAGGAGCAGCAGCUGCUUUCUCUUCUUGUUUCAAGGCUUGCAGCUCAGGAGGGAAAGGUGGCGUCUUGCGCGUCGCUGCAGCUGGCGCUCGUGCUGCGCAGACACCGGCCAAUGCUGCCCGUAGUUGCUGCCUACACAGCAGAGUUUGUGGAGCAGCGGCUUGCUGCUGUGCUGCAGCAGGGAAAAACGCAUGCAGCAGCAGCCUGCUUCGGGUUGCUGUCG